AAUGCAAUUAAUAUAAGCAGAUAUAGAAAAAAAUAUGAAGAUAUUAUGCAAAUUACUGAAAAACUAUUUGAAGAAAUUAAUUCAUUAGAAAUAAAGAUAACAGGACUUGUAACUGAUAGUGAUAUGGCCUAUGCAACCUUAAG